AUGGCGCCGAAAGGAGGAAAGUGAGUUUUCCGAAGUGGUUCUGGGAAAUGCGGAAUAUUGAAGAGACCAUAAGGCGACGAAAAGAAAGGCAAGAAAGAAGCAGGACGACACGAUCGCCGAGGAUGAGGUGGAUACGAAGAACACGAGGAAGAAGAGCAAGGAGCCGACGACGAAGGAGAAGCGGAAUAAAUCGAAGGAGGCGAACAAGAAGGCGUCGGCUGAGACAGGAGCGGAAGUGGAGAAAGAAAAGGAGAAGGAGAAGGAAAAGGAGAAGGAAAAGGAAAAGGAGAAGGAGAAGUUCGUUGGCGCCAUCAUGUUCUUCUGCAAACAAAUUAUCGAAAUAAGUGAGCGAGGAAUGAAAACUUAUCUGACUCUAUUCACUUUUAGAUGAACCUAGCCUGAACGCGUACUUUGACAAAAAUCUCACUUCGUAUAGAAAUCUAACGGCGACGACGGUUGAAUGGGGGAAGAACCCGUCGAAAAAUCGAUCGAACGGUGCCGAGAUGUUCGAUCACUCGCGUGUUCAGGUCGUCGAGGCUGGUUCCGGAGAGAAAGAGCCGAGCCCGCCGCGGCCGUUCUACAUCAACGCGAGUCGUGUCAAGUUCGAGCAGUGUCCAGAUUUACACUUCAUCAUGACCCAGUACCCACUCCCGGACACUGUCUACGAUUUUUGGAAGAUGGUGUUUUUCGAAAAAGCGGAUCGUGUUAUCGCGAUCUUCGAGCCGUACGUCGACGAAGCGAUCGAGGAGUUCAACAAGAUGCCGGAAGCACUACCGACGCCGCCGACUCCAUCUCCGGCCACGCCCUCCACGACGACGACUUCCAGCAGCGGAACACCGACGACGCCCGCAGAAUCGCCUGCUGAGCCGAGCAAGUCGGUGCAGCAGAGCAUCAUGAGCAACUCGAUCCGCACCGAGCUCCUCAUGAACAAGUCCUUCUUUCCGCUCUUCCCGGAGCACUUUAUCAACAUCAGGGGAUUUCUGAUCAACACUAAAAGAGUGAUAACGGACGACCGGAACAAGAACUGGCUGGCCACUUAUCUCGUCGAGACGGUCGCCUUCAGUUUCAGCAAUGCCGUCGUUGCGAACGUCUACAACUGCAGCACGUGGCCGGUGAACAGAACGCCGAACGACGAGAAGAAGUUGCUCGCUCUGUGCCGUGCUCCGUUCAAGGUUCGCUUGCACAUUUGUGUAUUCUUUUUAUAUAAAUUGCCCCUAUUCAGGAUUACAUCGGCGAGAAUGGCCCAAUCGUCGUCAUGUGUGAUCGGGGAGUUGACCGAUCUGCGACCGUCGUCCUCACCAUGGUAUUCAUUGAUGCGGUGAUAGCUGGAAAACAGGUCAAGUGCGACGAAAUCUUCAAGAAGUUGAGAGAUCAGCGGGCCGGAGCCUGCUCGCAAGCCAUUUACUUCUCGUACGCCGUCAGAGCCGCCCUCUAUUACUUCAAGAUCAAACUAAAAACAAUGGGAAGUACUGGUAGUGAAGAAGUCUUCAAAAGAAUCGAGGAUGCUCUUCAGAAAGUGCCGGCAAGAAAAUGA